CGCGAUCGCGUCACUCGGCACUCAGUAUACGUCCUCGCGUCGUUUGUCCCGGGUCGUCGACGCUCCGUAGCGUUCAUUAUUAACGGUGGUAAAGACGCACACGCGAUUCGGUGCGACGACGACGUCACGUUUGUACAGAGCGGAGAAACCCGUUCAAUGAAAGAGCCUGAAACGACCCCGAGUCCAUUGGCGUCGAGGCGAUUCGUCGUCGACGUCGUUGGGUUUUAUUCACUUUCUCCCGAUGUAACCCUGGCGGGUUGAACUUUGGUGAAAAACUGUUUGAACCGUAAUAUAAGGUAAUAACGAAGACGAAGACCAUGCAACUUAACGAGAGUAAUCAUCGCAGUGCGGACGAAAGCUGCGUUAACGUCAGUAUUAACGCAACGUCUGCGAUUCUACGAUUUGUUAUAACGUCGCACGAUUUUGCACCGCGAUUCGGCGGUUUUGCGAAGGGUAAGAAUUUCCAUUUCCCGAUCUAUCUACACGAGGGAGUUCAGAUCACCAGUUACUGACAUCUCCGAAAGUGCACAGGAUAAUAAGUAAGAGGAAAACAACCCCGGAGACGACACGGCUGAACAUAAAUUCUCAGUCCCAUGCUCAGCGAUAUACAAAAGUACCGAUAAUAAUCUAUCGAUAAAUUGUACCAUCGAUGAGGGGAUUUCCGUCGAACAGCUGUGCCUGUCAGGCUAUGCCGGUGAGAAAAUCAUCUCGAAACGCGAUGACGAAAGAACAACUGCGGUGACUCGGUGGAAAAAACGUAUCGCAAAAUUUACAGGCAUUUCUGGGUAAAGGAGAGAGUUAUUGUUAGUUACCGUCGAGUGCCGGAAAUAAUCUGGAUACUUUUGAAGGGUCGUCGUAGCAACGUCGUCGACAGCUCCGCAGACCACGAGGAGAAUAAAAGCUCGCCGCUUUCGAGUAUUCGUUCAAACGAAACACCCUCUCCUACACGUUUAUUAACCAGGUUUAACCAAAGGAACACACCGCACGGUACAAAGAACAGCGUUUGUCUCAUCAACUGCCCGCGCAAUUUUUCAUUAACUUACGUAUAACCGUUUCGCCGAGGUGAUACUAUGAUUCGGUGAUAUAAAUAACACGUGGGAAGGCGAUAUUCCUACUACGACUACGCUCCAAUGUAUCGAUGCGACAUUUUACCCCCGUGAACGACGAGCUCCGUGUGCUUUCGACUUGGGGUAUGUGCCUACUUCGGCGGGGGGUUCCUCUGUUUAUGCUAACCACCUGCCGUUGCCUUCCUUACUUAUCGUAUGGUGCGUGACAUUCAAACGUAGAUGCUGCUCGGUGAUAUUGGAGAGCAACAGGCAAAACGACGAUUCACUCCGGGGACCGAACGUCGAGUCAGAGUUGUAUCAAGAUAAUUUGGUUGUACCGUUGUCGUAAAGCGUCUGGGUAUGCCUACUGGGAGAGUUUGGAUCCUCGCAACGCGUCAGAUUUGAUCUCUCUUUUAUUACCACGAAGCGGGAAAAUCCGAGUCAGGAUUAGAGGUAAUAUAACUUGUCCAAAGUUUUUCAACGCUCCUUCUUUCACAUUCGGAAACCCUCGAGUGUUCUCUUAAAGAAUUCUGACCACUCAGCUGGGUGUCGUUUCGGGGUCCGGGAUUAAUAGCCGUGGAAUAAUAAAGGGGAAGGUUGCAGAGAGAGAGAGAGAGAGAGAGAGAGAGAGAGAGAAAGAGAGAGAGAGAGAGAGAGAGAGAGAGAGAGAGUGAGAGGUGGCAAGGAAGUAGAGGGGGGGAAAACGAAGAGGACUCGACAUGGUGAACAAAAUCGUUGAAUAAUGACUGUUAUGCCGGCGAGCGGUGAAGUCGCGGACAAAGCAGUCUCCACCGAAGAUGCGUCGAGCAACGUCGAAGUGGCAAGGCUCGAGGCCGUCCUGGCCGCGCUUGUUGAAACCAAAGUCGAGUCUAUGAAAGCAUCGGCUUCAACGGCGACCAGACGCGUCGGGAGCGCCCCAGCGAGUCCAAGAAGACCCAGAUUAACCUCAUCCUCGACGGUGUCCUCGUCCCAGAACCACAACCACCACCACCACCACCACCACCAUCACCACCACCAUAACAGCCAGCAGAACAACAACCACCACCAUCAUCAUCACCAUGAUCACAAGCAAGACAAGAAGAAGCACGAGGAGCGUAAGCACAGGCGUCACGAUUCGGCACCUUGUGGGGAAUUCAUCGGAGUCGCGGGUGGCUUGACUGACCAGACGGAUCGUCAUAGGACAAAAUACGGCAAAGGACACCGGAGGGAUUCGGAACAGCCCAAGAGUCCUCGGAAGAGACGUCGGCACUCUCGAAGUCCUCAGGGUCCUCCGGGACUGCGGAAUGUCCUGGAAGAUCCUGGCCCCGAGUCCGGACUAGCUCUGUUAGACAUUAACAGAGACCAGCAGUUGGACUUGCUCAACUUUGAACGAGCGAGGGAAGCUUUUGGCGACACUCGUGAAUUACCAAGGCUUCAACAAAGCUCGUGCCGUUUCUCACAGAGCGCCACUCAGCUGAAAAUUCACUACGACGUUGACGACUACGUAGCGUUGGACCUCGAAGACGAGCUCGAAGACGAGGAGGACAGCCACAACGACCAGAAGAAGAGACGCGGUCCCUGCGACAAGUAUCAUCGGCCAAAGAGGAAGCGGAAACGACGCCGACGGAGAAUCGACCCGGGCGAAACACCCGAAGAACUUGCGGACCCCGAAGAACUUCCACCCCGAGCCCGAUGGACCAUCGUCGCGACUGCCUGCCUCCUCCUAGCCAUGUCGCUGCUCCUCGUCGGCGUCACGCUAAGGAUGGCGCCGAUUAUCGACGACAUGGUUCGGAGGGAGAACGAGGAGUUGUUGAGUUCACUGAGUCAAGACAGCUUCGUGCCUGAGAACACCACAGCUCAGCAGUGAAAAGUGAAGCAGCCUGUUAUAUGUAUACACACGUACGAUCGGAUCGACGGAGAGAACUAGAGGAGGGAAUAACGAUCCCACGCCUACGUUCGAUCAACGUGCACAUGUAAUUAUACAAAUUUUGAAUCCUGCAAAAAUAGAGGGGAGAAAAACGUGCGUAAAGAAUUUAUUUGUUCACCGCCUAGGUAUAAUUCCGCGAACUGAAAAAUCAUCUUCUCUCGCGCUGUAGAAAUAUUGAUAAUAUAUCACCAUACGGCACGUGGUAAUCGUACAGUUCGCAAGGAUUGAUUUAUUUUCAUUUCUAUAUAUAUAUAUAUAUAUGUUUUUUUAAUAAUUUCAGCAACAUUGAUUACUUGCCUACGGAAAAUACUCACAUGUCUUUUUUAGUUAUUUAAAUUUUGCUUUAAGCAUAACGCGAUCAGACACAAAUCGCACUUAUCAAUUCGUCGAUUUAAAACUUGAAACUUUUUAUUCUUCGUUCUGGAAUAUCAACAUCUUUAACAAAUUUAUAUAAAUUAAUUAACUGCCCAUGUCAAAUUAUCACGCAUAUAAUACGGCGCAUCGAUUUUCAUACUUACUCCAAUUUUUAGAUACGUUGAAUUUCUUCAAGUCUGGACAGAUAACAAAAAGAAUUAGGGGGUGAGAAUAUGUGACAAAUAAAUUGUGUAUAUACCGGACAGAUUUUGCAGCUUGAAAAUAUUAUCCCAACAUUUCACGCUAUACUUAGAUUCAUAUAAAAUUUGCUUGCAUUUAUUAACUGUCGCGACAACGAAAGAAUCCAUUGGUUUAGAAACUUUGUGCGAGAGAGAGAGGGAAAUUAGAAGAAAGAGAAAAAAAAGUCAUUUCCUUAGGUCACAAUCGUGAUCGCAGGUGAAUUACACGAUGCGUAGUUUGUUAUUAAUACCACAUACUGUGCGAAAAAACGAAAUGUAAAUAUUUAUUAAGAAUUAUUAUACGGUUGCUAUGACUGUUAUACAUAUAUGUAUGCAUGUAUGUGUACAUAUGUAUAUAUAUAUAUACAUACAUACAUUAUACGUAAUAUAUGUAAAACAUGGUACGAUAGGAAUUGGUCAAUAUAAUUAAUUGUAUAUAACAGUAGAUGAUUGUCUGUGAGGAAUUAUUGCAGUCCAUAUUAUAGACGCGACAAAAGGAAACGGAAUGUGAAAAGGGAAUGCAAAAAAAGCGUUCAUUUUGUCCGCGUUUAUCGUUUGUUAAAAUGCGACUUAUAGGCAAGACUAUAAUGUUACUAAUAAUACAGGUUUAACGUGCCAAUGCCAUAACGUAAUAAUAUUGCAUACAUGUAAUUUUAAGUAUAAUAAAUGUAUAAUAAUAACAACAACAACAACAACAACAAUAAUAAUGAUCAAUACACGAUUGUAUGAUUAAAAUAUGAUUAUCAAUUCAAUAUUAUACCUAUAAAUAUUUGUAACGCAUUUGCGCAUACAUAUAAAUACGUCGAAACUUGUUACAGUGUUUGUACAUUAAAAUUGAAACCGAAUAUUAAAAACUUUUAUUAACAACGCACCUAGAUGCGUGUCGUGGUAUGUAAUAUGCCGUGAUACCGUGUGCAUGGAUAUAAUGUUGAAAAUGUAAGCAUGUAGGCGGGAUACGUUAUGCAAAAAUCUUUAUUAAUAAUAAUAAUAAUUAUAAUAGUAACGAUAACGGAGUAAUAAUUAAUCCAACGCUGUUUUUUGGUUUUUUUCACAACUCGGGAAUAACGAUCAGUUAUCGACCUUGAUCGUCUAUAGAAGUGUUGUUAAUAAUUCUAUCUGAUUUUUUCUACCAGUCAUAUUGAAACAAGUCUUCUUGUGUAUUUAAUAUAUUUUUUGUUUCUGACGCACGCCUAGUAUUUACUCGAAUUAGUGUAUUCUAAAGGUGUUUCUUAAAAUAAUGACUUUCAGUAUAAUUUUUUUGAAUAAUUUUUUAAAAACAAUUGCAAGUGACAUAAAACGAAAUAUACAUACUUCGUUUUUCCAUUUUGCUAUGCAGGAAUGGAACAGUUAGUUUGAUGCUAUCUGAGCCAGUUUUUUCUUGGGCUUUAAUGGGUUAAAUCAAUUCAAGAAUUAAGAGUUGGUUUAAAUUAAUCCUGUACGUAUAAACUGUUGACAGUGAAAGAUAUGUACGUUUAUAAUACGAAAACUUAUCGCAGGCCGGAGAGGCCGAUUGUCGGUUUGCAACUCUGUUUUUGCAUUUUCAAUAGACCAACGGCCGUCCUUGAGUACUUCUAAAUUUCAUAAUAUACCGUGCCAAUUUCUUACAUUUCACAGUCUCGUGUAAUUGAGAAAAUAAGCUGGACUUGAUUAAAAAGGGAUCGAACGACAUCUUGUAAAUAUGCAUUACCUUUGCCUCUAAGGGUGUUAUGACAAAAUUGUUCUAUUGGUAAAAGACGUGAAUAAAAAAUAAAGAAAACUCCAGACGUCGCGCGAGUGUAAGUAAUAUUAAUAAUACGUCAGAUGUACAUACAUAGUGUG